AUGGAAGAUGAAACUAGUAGUGUAAAUUAUAAAAAAAAAACUUUAGGGAUUUUUAACGUCGAUAGGAUAUGGAUUCUAGCUCAGUCACCAGGAAUUGCUUUAGUGCUUUUUGUUGUUUGUGGUAUAAUUAGUCUAUUUGGAAGUUUUAUCUACAUUGAGUUGGGAAUAAGGUCAUUGCCAAGAGGAAUAGGCGAACAAAAAUAUAUUACUGAUGCGUUUCCGGAAUGGAGAAAUUUUGGACAUGUUUUUAGCUUCGUUGUAAUAUUGUUUGGAUUAGUAAAAUUAGCUGGAACCGGUUCUACUAAUUGGCGUAAUGUUUUUAAUAUAUCAUCUAAUAUUGGUGUAUAUGAAGUUGGUGCAUAUGGAAAUUGUUUAAUACAGAUUUUAUUCGCAUAUGAAGAUUUAACUGAAGAAUUAAAAGAACCAAAAGACAAAAACCUGACAUAUUCUUCUACUAUUAGCGUUGUCAUUUCAUUUUUACUUUAUUUCUUCACUAAUGUUGCUUUUAUAACGGUAGUUGGAAAUAAUAUUAUUGAUAAUGACAACAUUCCAAUUGCUUUACGUUUUGGUAAAGAACUACAUGGCGGAACUGGAGAAAUUCUCAUGUCAAUACUUGUUGCAAUUUCUGCAUUUGGAAGUGCUAGUGCAAUGGUUUUCAUUUAUGCACGAAUUAUUAAAUAUGCUGCCGAAACUGAAUUCAUACCCGUGAUAUCCGAUAUUUUUAAAAACUAUAACCGAAGAUUUGAUACAUUAACUAAUCAAUUAUUGGCACAAUUUGGUUACUGUUUUAUUUUAACCAUGCUUAUUUCGAUAAAAGCAAAUUGUUUUGUUUUUUCCUCUAAUACGUCACAAUAUUUGGCUAUAAUUUUUCAUGGUGCAAGUGCAUAUAGUUUAUGGAGGUUAAAGAAAAGACUAGGGGAAAUAGACGCAUUUCCAAUACCUAAAUAUAUUAUUAUAAUUUACCUUUCCAUUACAGUUUUAAUUAUCAUUGCAUCAUUUUUCCCGCCUGACUAUGGCAAUUUUGAUUAUCUAAUACCUUAUUGUAUCUCAUGCGGAGCUGUUAUAUUAGGUCUAAUUUUUUGGUAUAUUCGUGAUUAUAAUAGUCCUGAUGGUGAAAUAGAUCAAGAUCCUGAUAAUGAACCAUACGAAUUGGAAGAUCAACGCAAUGGUGAAAUAGCACAAAACUUUGCAACCGAUAAUGAUCAUGAUAUAAUCACUGUCGAAAAUAACUUUGCUAAUACUAUCAAUGAAUAA